CUUUUCUUUUUUUUUUUGUAGUGUUUUUAUUUGAUGGCAGUCCUGAAAAAGAUCAAAUCAGCUGCCAAAUCGGCUUCACCCAAGGCCCAGUCUAAAAAGAAAGCACCUUCAACAUCACAGUUGAAGAAGAAAGAACCUUCGGCAUCACAGUUGAAGAAAAAAGAGUUUCAACAAAAGAAAUACAAUAAGGGAAACAAGAAAAAGAAGGAAGAAGAAGAAGACUCCGAUUUUGAAAUCGUACCUAAUACUUCAACUCAAACAGCUCAUGACCAGAUCUCGGAUUCAGACGACUCCGAUCUUGAAGUUGACAUCUACUACUACAACAACAACAAUAGCAAAAAAGAUCCCACAACAAGAGAUCAAAGUAAACGACGAUGACGACGAUGAACAGGACGAAAAAUUCAUUGCCUCAGAGACAAUGGCAGCGAAUCGUAAAAACAAAAAAUCGGGUGGAUUUCAAUCGAUGGGUCUAAGCAAUGCAGUAUUCAAAGCUGUUCUUCACAAAGGAUUCAAGGUACCCACACCUAUUCAACGUAAAUGUAUCCCUCUUGUCCUCCAGGGUGACGAUGUGGUAGGCAUGGCUCGUACAGGUUCAGGCAAGACCGCGGCCUUUUUGAUUCCUAUGCUCGAGAAACUUAAGGCACACUCAGCCAAGACAGGUGCCCGUGCGCUGGUACUGUCACCUUCACGUGAACUUGCUCUUCAGACACAAAAGGUAUGCAAGGAGCUCUCCAAGUAUACCGACCUGCGUAGUUGUUGUAUCGUCGGUGGUGACAGUCUGGACGAACAGUUUGAGAUGAUUGCGUCUAAUCCGGACAUAUUAAUCGCCACACCCGGUCGAUUGCUACAUUUGGCUGUAGAAAUGAACAUGGAUCUGCGUACGAUCGAGUACGUCGUGUUUGAUGAAGCUGAUCGAUUGUUCGAAAUGGGUUUUGCCGUUCAGUUGCACGAGAUUCUCUCUCGAUUGCCGCCUAGUCGUCAGACCUUACUCUUCUCUGCCACGCUGCCCAAGAUGCUUGUGGAUUUUGCCAAGGCAGGUCUUCAGGAACCAACACUGAUACGAUUGGAUGCCGAUACGAAAAUCUCCAAGGAUCUCGAGAUGGCGUUCUUUUCAGUAAAGGAUAAUGAAAAGGAAGGAGCCUUACUCUAUCUCCUCAGAAAUGUCAUUCAGUUACCCAAGAAGACACAAAACACGGACUCCAAGAAAAGAAAGGGAGCAACAGAGGCCGAUAAACAGACCAUCUUGUUUGCAGCCACCAAGCACCACGUCGAAUACCUCGCAUCUUUGCUCGAAAUUGCUGGUUAUCAAGUAUCGUAUGUGUACGGUUCACUCGAUCAGACAGCUCGUAACAUUCAAAUCACUCGUUUCAGAAACGGUGUGACUAAUAUUAUGGUUGUCACUGACGUUGCUGCACGUGGUAUCGAUAUUCCCAUUCUGGAAAAUGUCAUUAAUUAUGACUUUUGUGGAUCCUCCAAGGUCUUUGUGCACCGUGUCGGUCGUGCGGCGCGUGCUGGUCGUCGAGGUUGGGCCUACUCUUUGGUUACAUCAGAUGAACUUCCUUAUCUUGUCGAUCUCGAACUCUUCUUGACCCGUCCUCUCGUCAUGGGCGGCGAUAAGGAAGAGUAUGACUAUACAGCUGAACUCGUCCUGGGUACCAUGCCUACAGAUACACUGGUGGACGAUCAAAACUGGGUGACAUCUCUGGUCGAGCGAGACGCUAGUCUUCAGGGCGCACACAAGACAGCCAUGAAUGCUUACAAGCUCUACAACCGUACAAAACCCCGUGCGUCUGCCGAGAGUUAUAGUCGUGCGAAGGAACUGAUCAAGAAGAGAAACUAUAUUCAUUUGCACCCUCUCUUAGAAGACGAAUCAACAACAAGUCAAGCCGCGAUUGAACGAGCAAGUAUGAUUCAAGCCAUUUCAGGAUUCAGACCGGCCGAAACGAUCUUUGAAGUUGGCUUGCGUGGUAGAAAGAAGCAGUCGCCUGCAAGUACGAUCAUGCGUGAACGACGUGAGGCGGUGGGUAAAGUCAUUGCUGCACAUAAAUCAAAACUGGAAGAGUCAUCAACAAGUGAAAAGAAGAGUGUAACAGUUGAGGAUCUUGGCGGUGAUGUAGGAGAAGAUGAGUUAGCAGAGGCAUUUAAUAUACCAGAAUCAUCAGAUAAAAAGAAAAAGAAGAAUUAUCGAGAUGAAGAAUAUUAUCUAUCAUACACACAAAAGGACGCUAACACCGAGCGUGGAUACUCUAUGGCCAGUAACGGAAACUUUAUUGAACAAGCAUCCAAGGCGCAGCUCGAUUUAACCGGAGACGAUCAAGAUACAAUCAAGAAGAGUCAAAACAUGCUUCGUUGGGAUUCUAAGAAGAAGAAGUUUGUACGUGGUCUGGGUAUUGGCUCUGACAACAAGAAGAUGAUCCGUACCGAAAGCGGCGCGCUCAUCCCUGCUUCGUACAAGAGUGGUCGUUUUGAUGAAUGGGCUAAAAAGAAACACAUCAGUAUCCCUCGUACGGGUGAGCGUGAGCUUGUCAACGCUGCUCAUCUGUCCAAGAAGAGAUUCCGUCAUAAUCGAGCUGAUGAGGCCAAGCCGCUGGAUCCCCUGGCAUAUGAUUAUGACAAGAAGCUAAAGAAGCGCAAGAUGAAGGAAACAGAGACUAUUGUCGAAAAGGACGGUAUGGGUAAGAAGCGUGUCGGUAACCGAUCGACAGCCAAGAACGAGCUCAAGAAUGCUAGUCAGAUUCGUAAAGACCGUAUCGCAUACGAAAAGAGAAAGGAGAAAUCCACACGUCCUUCACGAAGAGGAAAGAAUCGUAAAUAAUACUUAUGCUUUUGUAAAUGUUUUUCUAGACUGUUGCUUUUUUUAUAUAAUAAAAUACCUUUUCUUUUCUACAAAGUAUUGUGUUUUAUUCUUUUUGGAAAGCAAAAGAAUUUAAAUAUGAAACUUUUCAUAUAAUAACACUUGUAUGAUUUGAUGCUGUAACAAUAAGCCCGUAUCAUUAAUUAUAUAGUGCCCUCUUAUAGAUCAAAU